AUGCUCUACCCUGUCGACUUCACGGCGUUCGCGCUGUUUGCUGCAGUGCAAGCCAUCCCAUCCCACCAACCCCAUCUUUACAAGCGUUGCGGCCCAGUCCAAGAAUUCUACAACCAGAACCAAGGCGACUGGGACACCUAUAACACUACCGACUGGCUGAACAGCUGGUGGGACGGCCACACCGACCAAGUAUCCAGCAACACGGCCGGGUUCGCCGGAGCAUUCGGACAAUGGGCCAUGGGAAACCCGGACUGGUCCUGCAGUGACAGUGGUUCCAAUACCGACUGCGACCUCAACCUAUGCGACAACCGCGUUCUGAAUGAUAAGGGUGAUGACAUUCGCCCGGCGUAUUAUGUUCUCGAGUCCGUCAAUCGGCUACAUACUUAUUUCACUGGUCUUGGGGAAGCGUUCACGACCACGGCGCUGGGGGCCGCGCUGUCGAAGGAUGAGUGGGCAUUGACCUUCUAUAAGGACAAGGAUGCGAAGAGCGUGACGGCGCUUAAGGAAGCUCUGAAUGCAGUGACGACUAUUGUUGAUAUUGGGGCGACGUUUGCGGGCCUGGGUCCUGCGGUCGGUGGUGCGGUUGCUGGUGCAGGGUCUGCGCUGCUCAGUGGCGGUAUUGCGGCGGGUAAUCUGGUGCUUGGGGAUCAUAAGGACGACACCUUCGAGAAAUCAGCCGAUCUCGGCAGUAUCCUGGGCACCGUUGUCGUCGACUCCCUCAAAUCCUUCACCACAGCCAACAACGACCUCAUGGCCGGAAAAGAGCACAACGAAGCCGAUAUCCGAUCCUACCUUUCCGGGGGGGUUUUCUUGGAUUACUCAGGGGUGGACAAGAAUGUCGUGACCGACUCCAUGACAGCCAUGAUGAUCUUCAUCAUGGGAGACGGAGCCUGCGGUGAUGAUCAAGGUAUUGGAUCAGGACCUCAAGAGGCCGUUGUCUGUCGUGAUGACAGGGCCUGGUAUCUAUACUACUGGCAGGAGAACGACGUGGUUUCGACUACCGCGCAUCAAUGGGGGUGGGGUCCGUAUAGCGGUAUCAGCAUUGAGGAUAUCAUCAAUUCAUCGCUCGAUGCGUACAAUGCCGCCGGGUACGACUAUAAUGCCGAUAAGGCAACGGAACGAGCAUCGGAUGCGGUUUCGAACGCGUGGGCCAGUCUUGGGAAGAAGGGCGCUUCGUGUGAGGGUGUGUUUACUAUUCCUGUGUGCGAUGUUGGAGGCGCAGUGAACUCGGACUUUGAGUCGAAGGAGUAUAUCCUGCAACCUUAUGGGCAUGAUAUGCGUCCCGUAUGGUGUGGUGCUAUCUGUGGAGGGGAUCAACAGACAACACAGAUUUUCAUUAACGCCGCUAAUAUGGGCGGUUUCAAAAGCCCAAAACAUCUCUGCUCCGAAGACCCGGGUUAUUGA